AUGAAGCACAUUCUCAUCCUUGGCACUCUUUGGACAGCACAGACUGUCGCUCAGCGAUACACUUAUACGACUCAGACGAUGACAGAAUGUUUCAGUUCAACACAGGCCGACUUUGGCCCUGCAGCUCCCACACAAGGUCCUGACAAGUACUGGACCGUCGAGAUGCCCGAGUGUCACGACUGCAACUGUCCUGACUGCGCAUACACAAACACAUACACCACGACGCUUGACGUCUUUUCUCCAAAGGGACUGGCCAAGUACCCUUAUGAGAUCAAAGAGAUCUAUCGGGGAAUGUCCACGAUGCCUGCGGAUGCGACCCCGACUUCGAUGCCAUAUGGCUUCACUUCGGCUGUCGAGACUUGCAACAUCUGUGGCGAUGAGCCCAUAGUUGCAACCAUGACCUAUCCUCGGGGCGACAGCCCAUACCGAGAGAAUGUCCCCGCAGCCACGGGUGUUGUGGAAACCAAGUUCGAGCGACCCUCAACAUUGAGAACCAAGGUCGUUGGCGAGGAGCCUACUGCAACUCCUUCAGGAGAUGGUCAGGACGACGACGAGACUCAGCUCGAGAACACUCUCGUUCACCACAAGGCCAUCGCUGUCCAUGGGGCUGACCCUGAUGACUUUUCCGACUUUGGCAUCGGCGACGGCACCAUCUACGAUGAUGAAGAGGAAAAGGAUGAUCAAGAUUCAACACCAACAAUAGAGAAGCUCAACAACUUCCACGAGCUGGAAGAACCCGCAGCAGCACCCUCAAAGGAGAAGGAUAAUGCGGCAGGCAGCAUACAACCGCCAGCCAAGGCUGCAUUGGCACUCCUUCUGCCACUAGCAUUCAUAAUAUGA